AUGAUUGUAACAGAAUUAAAUAUCCCAUGUGCAUGGGGAGGGACUCUAGCAGGAAUAUUACUUCAAGGUGAUGUCGGAGUGACUGAUAGAUUCAAUCGAUCAACUACGAAAAUUAUUGGCAUUCAUGGAUGGCUUGAUAAUCUUAAUUCAUUAUUACCGGUAUCAAAAAAAUUAAUAGAGCAUAAUCCGAAUUAUGAAAUCUAUUUAUAUGAUCGUGCUGGUCAUGGAUUUUCCAGUCAUCUUCCUAAAGGUUUCGACUAUUCGUAUGGAUGUGGUCUUCAAGAUGUACGUGAAGUCAUUAAAACUCUUGGCUGGCACAAAGAAAAAUUUUCCAUUAUUGGCCAUAGUUUUGGAGCAAUGCUUGGAAUGACAUAUGCAACAUGUCAUCAAGAUGAAGUCUUAUGUGUUGUUGCCAUUGAUGCUAUGGUUCGAGCAGAAGUAACUACAGAAUUAUUUUGGACAACUGUCGGUCGUCGUAUCGAUCAUAAUUUAAGCUUUUUGAAUACUAUACCAAGCACCUACACGGAUGAGUUGACUUUGGAAAAAGCUAUUACACAUACGAAAAGUGGUAGACCUGGCAUUACUGAUGAAGCUGCUAAAUUGCUAAUUGAACGAGCAGUUCGUCGAGAUGAAGAUAAUAAAUUAUGUUUUACUCGUGAUCCCGCCUUAAAAAUGGCUUCAAUUAUGCCAUUUUCGGUUGAUAUGGUUGAAAGUGUCGCUCGAACCAUAAAAGCGUCUAUUCUUUUAAUUGGUGCGAACGAUCCUCAAUAUCCUCGUGCUCAUCAAGCCCUUGAUUUAUUUAAGCAACUUGUUCCUAAUUUCGAAGUGACUUUGAUCGAUGGGCCACAUCAUCUUCAUAUGACACAUGUCGACAAAGUUGUUGAACGCAUUGAACAAUAUUUUGACAAAUAUCUUAAACAAGCUCCUACACGAAUGAUAAUAAAUAGUAAAUUGUGA